GCCUCCAUCUUCACAAUACAGUCAGUUCCAAAACGCCCAGCUUCCCGGCAUGCCUCACAUGCCGCCGCCGUUGUCUCAGCAAAGACAAUUUCCGGGGCAAAAUCAGCCCGGAUAUGGAGCGCCGCCUGGUCCACCCACAAACGCUCAAUAUCCAGGCAUGCCUCCGAUGCCGCAACAAACGGGCUACCAGCCCAACUCUGGCUAUCCGCCGCAACAGUUCCCCGGACAACAGCCGAGCUACGGACAACAGUUUCAACAGCCGCCACAAAAACGUCUCGAUCCCGAUCAAAUGCCCAGCCCAAUACAAGUAAUGGCUGAUGACCAGCAAAAUCGCAGUGGAGUGUUUGUGACCAAUGAUAAGGGUCUGGUACCUCCUCUAGUGACCACCGACUUCAUUGUGGACGAUAAGGGGAAUGCUAGUCCGAGAUUUAUCCGAAGCUCUAUGUACAGUGUGCCCGUGACAGCUGACUUGCUCAAGCAGACAGCGAUGCCCUUCUGUUUGGUGAUCUCGCCAAUGGCGGAUACAUUGGGUUCAGAGCCCGAGCCGCCACUUAUAGACUUCGCCGCGUUAACCGGCUCGCCGAGUAUGGGGCCGGUGAGGUGUAGCCGCUGCAAGGCAUACAUAUGCCCUAAUAUGAAGUUCAUAGAUGCUGGAAGACAUUUUAAGUGCGCCUUCUGUAAGGCCACUACUGAAGUGCCAAUGGAGUACACACAGUACAUAAACACGAUGCAGCAGUACGGACGCGUGCCCGCCGAAAUGGCGCUCGGCGCGUAUGAAAUAGUAGCCACGGAGCAGUAUUGUCGGAACAACACGCUGCCGAAGCCGCCGGCGGUUAUAUUCGUGAUCGACGUGUCCUACAACUCAGUGAAGAGCGGCCUGCUGGCCACCAUCUGUGACAACAUCAUGGACAUUAUUGAGUCGAUGCCAAAGGACGAGCAGACGGGCGAAUGCAAGACGCGCAUCGGUUUCAUCACGUACAGUUCCACGGUUCAUUUCUACAACAUUAAGGAGUCUCUAGCGGCCCCCCAGAUGCUGUCCGUGGGCGACGUGGGCGACAUGUUCGUGCCCCUGCUGGAGGGGCUGCUGGCCCCGGCGGGCCCCACGCCGGUCAUCAAGACUCUGCUGGAACAGCUGCCGAUCAUAUUCGCGGACACCAAGACCACGGAGAUCACGUUGCUGCCGGCUGUUCAGGCGGGUCUUGAAGCCCUGAAAGCGGCGGACACCUGCGGCCAGCUGCUGGUGUUCCACACCACGCUGCCGACGUACAACGCGCCUGGGAAGCUCAUCAACAGGGAGGACAGGAAACUGCUGGGAACCGAUAAGGAGAAGCAGAUUUUGGCGCCGCAGACGACGGCGUACAACGAGCUGGGGCAGGCGUGCUCGGCGGCCGGCGUGUGCGUGCAGCUGUUCCUGUGCAACAACGCGUACGCGGACGCGGCCACCGUCGGCCAGCUCGCGCGCCUCACCGGCGGCCAGCUGCACAAGUACACCUACUUCACGGCGGAGCUGGACGGGCCGCGCCUGAUGUGGGACGUGCGGCGCGUGCUCACGCGCAGCGCGGCGCACGACGCCGUCAUGCGCGUGCGCACCUCCACCGGCGUGCGGGCCACCGACUUCUACGGACACUUCUUUAUGUCCAACACCACCGACGUCGAACUGGCGGCUAUCGACUCGGACAAGGCGAUAGGCGUGGAGAUAAAGCACGACGACAAGCUGACCGGCGAGGAGGGCGUGUACGUGCAGGCGGCGCUGCUGUACACGCACCGCUCGGGCGCGCGCCGCCUGCGCGUGCUCAACCUGGCGCUCGCCGUGGCGCACCAGCUCGCCGACGUGUACCGCGCCGCCGAGCUCGACACCAUGCUCAACUUCCUCACCAAGCAAGCGGUGUGGGCGCUGCGCGAGGCGGCGCCGCGCGCGGUGCGCGAGGGGCUGACGGCGCGGUGCGCGCGCUCGCUGGCCGCGUACCGGCGCCACUGCGCCUCGCCCUCCUCCGCGGGACAGCUCGUGCUGCCCGAGUCCAUGAAGCUGCUGCCGCUCUACACCAGCUGCCUGCUGCGCUCCGACGCCGUCGCGGGAGGACCGGACCUGACGUGCGACGACCGGUCGUGCGCGAUGUACCGCGCGCUGGCGGCGGACGUGAGCUCGUCGGUCGUGUACACGUACCCGCGCCUGCUGCCGCUGCACGCGCUGCCCGAGCGGCCCGCCCCGCUGCGGGCCACCAUCGACAAGAUGAGCGACCGGGGCGUCUACCUGCUUGAAAAUGGCGUGCACAUGCUAAUCUGGAUCGGCUCGCAAGCGUGCCCGGAGUUCGUGCGCGACGUGUUCGGCGAGCGGCUCGACGCGCAAGUGUGCGAGCUGCCCGACAGGGACAACGAGCGCAGCCGCGCCGCCAGGGAGCUCGUGCGCAACGCGAGGGAGCUGCGCAGGAGUGCCAUGCGGCUAACAAUAAUGCGACAGCACGACAAGUUGGAGGCGGUGCUGCGCCACUUCCUGGUGGAAGACCGCGGCGUGGACGGCAGCUCCAGCUACGUGGACUACCUCUGCCACAUACACAAGGAGAUACGCAACCUGCUCUAGCCGUAGCCGCCUCGCCGGCCGCCCUAUGCGAACUUAUAGUUUUUGUUACACGAGGGUUUCUGCUGAAUAAUUGGGGGGGUUCGAUUUUAUUGUAUUUUUGAAGGUUCUCCUUCUACAGUAAGAUACAUAUGAAGUUACUAUAUGUAUAUAGGUAUAGGUAACAUGAAGUAGCGAGGGGGAGGGGGACCUGGGGGGAAGCGAAACUUAAAGACGUACGUUAAUUUCUCCAUCUUACCCUGAAAAAGGGAUUUUGUUAUGAAAUUCCCAUUCAAGACUUGAUUGCGUUCAUAAUAAUAGUAAUGGAAGGGGUUGAAUUAAAGGGGGGGGGAGUGUUUUAACUGACCUUCACCAAGGGGUCACUUCUAGGAGCCACAUAAAAAUCUAUUUUGACUCUACGCAAAUCGCUAUAGCGUCGAUAAUAUUAGGAUAUUAGGAAACAAUGGGUCACUAAGUACACUCUUCGUAAAGGGUGGGAGAGGUAUGUUUAGGGUUCCGUAAGUCGUUUGACUUCUUUGUGCUAUACGCUCGAGUACGCUGGGCCAUAUAAACUCGAAAUUCGCGAUUAACGGAGAUGGGGUUUUUCCAUUAAACAAACAUAUGGGAUUUGUCUACAAUAUGAUAAUUAAUACGUGACUAAUUUUAGGGGUUUUAUUAUUUUUUUUAGACAUUAUUAUAUUCAGUCAUAGUGUAGCAUACGACUAAUAUAGUAUCUUUUUGUCUUCUACUAAGAGAGGAGUCCAUGAUAACUCGCUUAAACUUACAAAAAACAAUAUUUUUCGUUUAAUGGAAAACCCCCUGAAAGCAAUUAUUCCAAACGACAAAGUUUUUGUGCUAUGUAAUAAUAAUAUUGUUUUCAUAUUAUUCAAACAGUAUGGAGCAUGUGUAUUUUUUUAUUUCGUUAUUACGAUGGAAGUAACCGAUCAAUUGUUAUGUGUAAUCGUGAUCUUAUGUUAGAUAUAGACAUGAUAUUAUAUUCAGAAUAAAGGCUUGUUCACACGGUACUUGUAUUGUAGGAUAUUAUUUGUAUAUGAUACAUUUUUGACAUCGUUUGUUUGAUUUCAUGUUCUCUGAAAAUCGUCUGAGAUUAAUUUAUGACCAGCCUAGAUAUCAUAAUCUAAUGUAAAUCUUAACUUCAUACAAAUUACUUGUUUCAUUUUUGUAUUGAUGAUUUUGAAUGAAAAACAAUUUUGAGUAAUUUAUUUUAAUAUAUUCGAUAUACUUUAAGCAAAUUGAUCGUAGCAAGUACUACAAUACAAAAGUGUCGUGUAUUCAAGCCUUUUUAUAUUACUAACUGUAUUUUAAUUGUAUUAUUAAGGGAGAUUGAUAAAUUAUAGCGCAGUUCUUGUAAAUAAUAUAAUUAUUGGUUAUAAAUUGUGUGAAUUUGACACGUGUCGGGUGUUUAAAUUGAUUACGGUUAAAUGUAAAUUAAUUAUUAACAGCACAACAUGUACGUGUUUUAAUAUAAACCUGAUCGAUAAAAUAUUGAAAUCGCUGUGUAAAUCUGGAAAUUCUGUGAAAUAAUGCUAUUUCUUGUGUGGAACUUUGUGUUACACCUGCGUAAGUGGAGACUGGACAAAAUCUGGAUUUUAAUAAGGACUAAAUUUAAUCAACUUAAAUACCUGACCCAAAUAUUGCAAUAAUUCGGAACUUAGCGUUACUACACUUGAAUUUUAAAUAAUAUUAAAUUCAAUUCUAUAUACGUUUCAAGUGUAAUAAAGCUAUAGUAAACACAUAAACCACAUUAUUUUCUAAUGUCAAUUUUUGUAUUGAUACAAUUGUAUUCCAAUGUGCACUGGACCUUAUCGUGAUGUCAAAUGUAUUUAGUGUAGAUUUAUUCAAUUAUAUUAGGUGUAAAGUACGAUUGGAGUGUAAAUAAAUAUUGGCAUUAUGUUA